AGGUUAUAAUCUCAUAAUGUAUUAUACAUGGCACCAGGAUACCAAUGUUGUACAAAUGGUACUGAUAAUACUUUGUUUGCAAAUCUUAAAUAUUGAAGCAGUUGAAUUCGUAACCAACAAAACAGUAACAGAGUCUACCCCGCCAACUACGGAGACAGAAACGUUUACAAAAACUGAGACUGGUUGCAAGUCUUCCUUUACGUGUGUUUUACCAAUUGAGUGUCCUAUUCACGUAAGAAAGGAAAAAGUGGAGGCAUGCCCUCUUGCAAUGCGAAUGGGAAUUUGCUGCAAUACAGGAAGGAAUUUUACUGAAAACUCUCAUGGAUCAAAAAGAAGACACUUUAAAAAUAUUAAUCACAUAUCAAUACAAUCUUUGAAUGAAAUGGCUGUUCAUAAGGCUAAGAUAAAUACCCGAGCACAUAGUAAAUUAGAGAGGAGCUCACCCAGUUUUUCACAUUAUCGAAAUUCAAAAAUUUCUUUUGAUGUUGAUUUGAGCCCCGUAUUCCACGUAGCCGAUCGUGCCAUGGAAAUGGUUUUAGCCACCGGAUUGUAUAAAGAAAAAGAAGCCUUUUCCCAAGAAGAAAUUGAGUGGGGAAUUUCCUCAGAAAAUUUGAAGACAACAACUCUUGAGAGGCUUUGUCCUGUACCGCCAAAAUGUCCUCCUAACGCUCCAAUUUAUAGACACAUUGAUGGCUCGUGCAAUAACAAACAUAGACCGGAUGCAGGCAUGCCACUAACCACUUACACGCGACUACUUCCGGCAAGUUAUGGCGAUGGCGUGUAUACCCCAAGAGUUUCAAAGCAUGAAGGCAAGCCUCUACCUAGUGCGAGAGCUGUAAGUUCAUCGAUAUUUGAAGACCACGAUAAUCCGAACUACAAUUUUACGAUGAUGGUUAUGCAGUUUGGACAAUUUCUUACUCAUGAUAUUACCCAUGGCAUCGAUAAUAGACACGAGAAUGGAGAAGCAAUAUCCUGUUGUCUUAAGGAAGGUAGCGGAGAAAUACCUGUUGAUGACAGACAUCCAGCAUGCAUGCCGAUUGAGAUUCCAAAGGAGGAUCCAUUCUAUUGGUACUUUGAACAACGUUGCAUGAAUUUUGUUAGGUCUGUUAUAGCGCCAAGACAUGACUGUACACUUGGAUAUGCGGAACAGAUGAAUAAAGUUACACAUUACUUAGACGGUUCAGUCAUAUACGGGUCAAAUCCUGCAGAAACCAAUAAGCUAAGAAGUCAUCAUGGAGGUAAACUGAAAAUCUUCGACGACUUCGGAAGGGAUUUACUACCAACCGAUGCAGAGAGUGAUGCGUGCGUGGGGUCUGACGAUGGCUCAGCAUGUUUCUUUGCAGGAGACACCAGAGUGAACCAAAUGAUCGCGUUAGUUGCAGUUCAUCUUCUUUUCCAUAGGGAACACAAUCGCGUCGCUGAAGAACUUGCAUACUUAAAUUCGGAUUGGGAUGAUGAAAAGUUAUUCCUAGAAGCACGACGUAUAGUAAUUGCCGAAUUUCAGGUUAUAACCUACAAGGAGUUUUUACCAGCUGUUAUUGGACAUGAAAGUAUGGAGGAAUUUGGCUUAUAUUUGCAAGAAGGAUUAUCUUAUUCUUAUGAUUACGAUCACAAGGUAGACGUUUCGAUAUCGAAUGAAUUUGCUUCUGCAGCUUUCAGAUAUGGGCAUUCAAUAGUUGAAGGAUACUUAAAAAUUUAUGGGAUGAAACGAAUGUCGGAAAUUAUAGAUCUUCCUGAAAUAAUGUUCAAUCCAAGCAGAAUGAGAAAAGUUGAAUUUUUUGAUCAAAUUUUGAGUACACUAACAACCGAACCAAUACAGGAAGUUGAUAACUCUAUUUCAGAAAGUUUAAGCAGAUAUAUGUUCAAAGGUGGAAAUCCAUUUGGUGUCGAUUUAGCUUCAAUUAACAUCCAGAGGGGCAGAGAUCAUGGUAUGAGACCUUACAACGAUUAUCGGCAGUUAGUGGGAUUAGAUCGUAUUUAUGCAUUUGAAGAAUUUGGUCCAGUACUUGGGCGGAAAUUGAAAAGACUGUAUGCGUCUGUUGACGAUAUCGACCUUUGGGUUGGUGGCUUGCUGGAACCCAAGUAUUCCGGAGGUUUAGUGGGAACGACUUUCAAGGACAUCAUUGGAGAUCAAUUUUCCAGGCUAAGAAAAGGAGAUAGAUUUUUCUUUGAACAUAGUCCAAAAAAUAAUCCAGAAGCUUUUACUCCAGAGCAACUUCAAGAGUUACGAAAAGCAUCAAUGUCGAGGCUUAUAUGUGAUAACAGCGAUCGAAUUUAUUUGAAUAAUCAAGCACUUAAUGCAUUUCGAAAACCGGGGGUUCCUGGGAACGAAUUCGCAGAUUGUUCCGGUCCUGUUAUUCCUCGAAUAAAUCUUCAAUAUUGGAAAGAUUAAUAUUUUGUUUGGUGUUGUUUUUAUUACAUUAUUUUUUUAUACACGUUGUGAUAUU